UUCACUGCAGCUGAGAUGAAGUACUUGACGUGUGCAUUGCUCUUGUUCGGAUUGUUGCCGAUGUUGAUCAGCGCUUACCCCAGCACUGUUGUGGUGAAUGGCGUAUGUUUGACUUGUCCCAAUCCAAACGGGGAACCGGUGUACAUAAAUGGCCAGGAAUACCGCAGUUUUUCAGGUUCAGGUUCAGGUUCCAACGGUAACGUCGUUGUCACUCGUCCGGGCUAUAAUAACGGACGUGGUACGAUUAUAAGGCGAGGUGGUAGCACUAUCGUCAACGGCAACUGUGAGAUAUGCAAUGUGGAUGUUUAAGUAUCGACUUAAUUUUCAAUAAAGUGCUCUAGCAGCGUUUCAGAAUGCAUUAA